AUGGCGGAGGCUGACGGUCCCAGGCGGCUGCUGGAGGUGUGCGGGCUGAGGCUGGCCCGGUUCCUCCGUGAUGCGGAGCACAAGCACUUGGCCUGGCUGCGGGAGGUGGAGGAGCAGGGCAUGAGGAUGCUGGAUAGCAACUUUGGGGCUGAGCCUGAACUGAUGCCCAAAACACCAUCACAGAGGAGGCGUCCCAAGAAAAGGCAGUCCUGCAGCCUGAAGGAUGAGCACAAGGAGCUGAACAGGAGGAGAUUGUCCAGAAGGAGAAGCAGCAGCAAGCUGGUGUCUUCCAAACCGAGUUCCCAAAAGCACCACAGCAAAGAGCAAACCCAGGACCCUGUAGGUCAGGGGGAGGAGGUGGAAGUGCCCCACUGUGCCAGGGAGUCCCAGUCCAAGGAGCUGCCAGCGUUGGCAAGGAAGGGGCUGGCAGAGGGUCCUGUGGUGAGGCUGGAAUGCCAGGACUGCCCUCAGGCUGUGGAGGGGGAUGCAGCCCCUGAGCUGCACAAUGUGUCUUCUGCUGCUUCUAUCCCUGGGGGCCCGACAGCCAGGGGGGAGAAGGUGGAGGCCCCCAAAAGGAGAGCAAGCACUUCUACUCCCAAAGCUGCUAGAAAUGGAGAUCCUGCCGAGCUCCAAGGAGAUGGAUCAGAUGGAUCUCCUCAAGGCCUUGAAGAAGUGCUUUUCCAGGACCCUGAGAGCAAAACGAGCACUGCCAGAUCCAGAAGACGCCGUCGCUCCUCAUGCCGAAGCCGUGGAGCCUCCCUGGCAGAAAAGUGUUCCCUGGCCAGCAAGAGAGAGGGCAUGAUCCGGAGGUCCAUCAGCAGGGCCAUGUCAAAGAAGGCAGCAGGGCGGGAAUCCUCCUCUGCCUCCAGCAGAGUGAGCUGUCAAAGCUCCUUGGAGGUUUUUGUGGAAGAAGACGUGACCAGCAGCACCAGGCCUGCACUGCAACUGCAUCCCCCGAGUGAAGAGGCUCCUGAACACAUCCCCAUUCCAAACAAAGGCAUAGGAGCUGCCAGCCUCUCUGCACAGCACCUGCCUCCUCCUGAGCAGCAGGCAGGGAGCAGUGAAGGAAGCUGUGUAAAUCCCAACAGCCAGAGCCAGGAGCAGCCCCCCUGCACCACAUCCCAGGAGAAUCCCUCACGUAUCUGGACAAGAAGCUGUGAUCGGGGAGUGAGUGUUGUAUGGGAUGGGCAUCAGCCAGGUGGUCGCCCCCUUUCCCUGUUGGAUGAGAAGCACAAGAAUUCAGCAAACCAGGCUCCACUUUCCUCUCCAGCUAACAAGGUUGUCAGACCACUGAAGAACUUCCUGCAAGCCGUGCAGCGCACACAACUGCUCGCUAGCCCGGGCUCUGCAGGACGUGUGGGGGCCAUCAAGAACUUCAUCAAACACAGUACUCCCACCCGGCCUGAUAUGAAGGGAGACUUUGUUUCAAAGGAGCGGCAGAGACUGGAGAGCCUCAGGAAGAAGCAGGAGGCUGAGGAACAGAGGAGAAAGAAAGUGGAGGAGGAGAAGCGGCGGCGGCAGGCAGAAAUGAAGCAGAAGAGGGAAGAGCGCCUGAGGAAGGCACUGCAGGCUCGGGAGCGGGUGGAACAGAUGGAGGAAGAGAAGAAAAAGCGGAUGGAGCAGAAGAUUUUGCAGAGUGAUGAGAAGGUGUGGCUCUCACAAGCACGGGAAGAGAGAGUGGCAGAGGAACAAAGCAAGAAAAAGCUGUCCAAGAAGCAGAGGGAUGCUGAGGGAUGGAAGCAGAAGGUGCCAAGCACGGACGAAUUUGAGCAGCAAGAACCACUGCAGAAACGGAGAGAGGAUGAAGUGAAAGGAAAAGGGAAGAGGGUCUUGGAACUGAAAAAACUUGUAGAGCAGCGCCAGGUGGAGCAAGCCAAAGAGAGGCAUCACAAACCACGAGGGAAAGAGAAGCCCCUCCAGCCAGGGCCAGCAAUGCUUACUGAAAAACCCAUAAAGGAGGAAGUAAGCCCGAAGGAGCUGCACCAGCUGCCUGGGCAGGAGAAGAAAGCCAAGCAACCAGAAUGCAUUGCUGUGGCUCCAAAUCCUUGGCUCAGGGUGGUGAAGCAGGAGGAAGAUGGUCUGCAGGACCCCCGGCAACCACUGGGAGAGGAGAAGAAAAUCAAGCAGCCAGCAGCAUUUACUGCUGCUCCUGGCACACAGCUGAGCACCACGCUAAAGAAAUCCAGCUCAACAUCCUGCUUAAGGCCCCCAAAGGGCACUGAGGACUCCAGAUCCCCAAAGGGAAAUGAGAACUACGGGAUGGACCUGAACAGUGAUGACUCCACAGAUGAUGAGGAUGAUCCUCGGAAGCCUGUCCCUGCCUGGGCUGAUGGGACCCAGCUUAAUCAAGUCAUUUUACUCCAGUACUACCACCCGAUCAGUGUUGACCAGCUCUUUGGGCUGAUUCCCAGACCCAAGCUGGAGGAUAUUUUUGGCAAGAGCAAGCCUCGCUACUUCAAGCGCACAAGCUCCGCAGUUUGGCAUUCCCCACCUGGCACCAGAUCUACCUGUGGCCCAUCCUGCAACUUCCAGAACUGAGAAUGCAAAAUGUGUUUUGCCACAGCAUGGUUUGGUUUCUUAGCGUGCAGCAUGUUUACCGUUUUAAGACUUUUUUUAGUACAAAAAUAUUGAAUAAAAU